UCUCCUUAAUUACUCUUCAUAUAUUUUUCCUUUCUUCUAUAUAUCUUGUUUUUCUUCUUCUUCAUGGAUGCUCAAUCCAACUCAGACUUUUGUUCAUCGUCAAAUCUAAGAAUUAUUGUCCAGAAGAACCCUUCAGAAUCUCAACUCUCUGAAUUGGGCAUAAAAUCAUGGCCAAAAUGGGGUUGUUCACCAGGAAAAUACCAAUUAAAAUUUGAUGCAGAAGAGACAUGUUAUCUGCUGAGAGGAAAAGUGAAAGUGCAUCCAAAGAACACAAGAGAGAUAUGGUCAGUGGAGUUUGGAGCAGGGGAUCUUGUCAUUAUUCCCAAAGGACUAUGUUGCACUUGGGAUGUUUCCCUUGCUGUUGAUAAACACUACAAGUUUCAUUCUUCCUAAACCCACCUUUGCUAUUAUUAUAAACUCAUAAUGUAAAUGCUAAGGUACUAUACUUGUGUAACAAGUUGUCUGUCUUAUUCAAUAGUACUUAUCAUGAAUAAUUACUGGUAGUUAUCUUUAAAAUAAUCUGGUAGUGAUAAACAGUUUUGUACACUAUUAAUAUUUACGUGAUGUUAAACUCUAUUAUUUCU